AAAUUGGUCAACGAGGAAAAAAAUCUAAAGACAAUACGAGACGAACAAUCAACAAGAAAAUACGAUUUUUAUAAAAAUUUAAUACUUUUUUUAAACAAAAAACGAAAAAAUAUCUUAAAUACCAAAACAAGUAAAUAAAAUCUAUAUUAUUUUUUAAGCUAACAAAAAGUUUAAAGGCAAACAAAGCAAUAUACCACCAGAUACGACUUUGUUACGUUCGUCGACGUCGUCAGUUUGCUUAUGUGUUUGUGUAAGAUCUUGUAAAUAUACAUUUUUUUUCGAAGGUUCCUAACAAAGAAUUGUUGGUAUCAUUCGAAAAAAAGAAACAUUAUCCAAGAUCACAUCAUUCUCAUAACAAACGUGUAUAUGCUGCUAAAAUCGCCGUACAACUAUAAUUUAAUGGAAGAGCUAUGAACCUAGACCAUCUGAAAUUGACGCUGACGCAGAUUGGUAAUUUGGUCAAACAGAUAAAUAAGAAAAAUUUUGCUGAAACAACAGUUAGCCUUAAUCAGUUAAUUGAAGAAUUUGGCUUAGAAGCGGAUCGUCAUUGUCUGCGUUGUCUAUUUUCGAGCAUUAAUUUUAAUGAUCCAAUAUUAACGUCAACGUCACCAACGUCAUCAAUUCAACAACAGCAACAACAAUUGCAAGCAAAACUAUUACAACAACAAUUGGAAAAACAACUUGGUCGAGCUUCACUUAUAUCAAAUAUUUGUUUUGCCAUUGACAACUGUUGGCCGCAACAAAAAAGCCUUAAACCCACAAAUCAACUUAUCAAUCAAAUUGUUCGUGUAACUGGCAUCAAUAAAUUGUGUGAGUGUAUCUUAAGUCUAGCACUAACACAUUCACAACAAUUGGAAUUACGCACGUAUGCUGCUGAACAGUUGAGUAAAGCUUUGCCCGAACUCAUUGAAUCGUAUUUGGGUAAAAAUCAACAAUCGGCUGGUGUAAUCAGUAGUUUGCAUGACGUCUCUUUGGAUUUAUUGCAAUUAUUAUUGACCUGUUUGGAAACGUAUGUAGCUGAACCUAAUCUACGUUUACAGUUUAUAGACAAAUUAAGAGAAGAAUUUCCCCGCGAUCAAGUGCCACUUAUUUUAAAACCCUAUUUAUAUAGUAAUUUAUUCAAAACUACAACACCAACAACAACAACAGCUGAAGCUAAUAAAACUGCUGGUGGUAGUGAAGAGUUAACAACAGAGGAGGAACAACUUGCUUUCUUAACGAGCAGUCAAAACUCUACUAAUGGCUAUGUUUGUGCGGAAGUACCCAUAGAAGAGAUCUAUGACAAUAUAUGCGAAACUAUAUUUUCCCAACACAAUAAUAUUAUGGACACAUCUUGGAUUAAUUUAAUCCUAGAAAUUGGUUAUGAAUUUACCUCAAGUGUUGAAGAAUGUAAAAAUCAUUUACGAAGCGGUACCACAGGCAAUGCAGCUGGCGCCGGUGGCAGUGGUGGUGCAGCAGGAGCUGGCUCAGGCAGCCGUGAUUUGUUACCACAAGAUGUGGCCAAAAUUAUUGGGCUCAUGUGUCGUCGACAUACCUCUCUGCUCGAUUGUAAUGUAAAUUUGCCUACACCAGCCAACUUUUGGCCACAACAGCAAGCUACACAAAAUGCCAACCAACAGCAGCAACAAAAUACCAAUAAUAAUAAUGAUAAUUCUUCCAACAAUGCGGAUAAAACUAAUAAUGGCAAUGAUAAAAAGGAUAAAACUCCUGGUGCAAAUUCUACCAGUGGCACUGGCAGCACUGACACCACACAGGCCUGGAAGCCAGAUGUAUUUGUACAAGCUUUAAAAGAAGUGCAGCCACAACUUAAUUGGAAGGAAGUAUGCCUGGAAUUAGAUCAUCCAGAGUUUAUUUUAAAAGAUCGCAUUGGUUUAGAUCUUUUGCUAACCAUAUUCCGCUUGGCUACACAAUCAACCUUAUUUCCUUAUCCCGAGUACAUAUAUCGUCAUUGGCAAAAUGUUGAAGGGCAAUUUUCUCUUAUUGCUGUAAUGCUAAAGAAUCCCGAUCUCUUUUCCUUUGCCGACUAUAUUUUCAAUGCCUCACCCGUGGAAAUAUUAAAAACUCCACCCGAUACCGAGAACAAGGAAAUAUGUGCUUGGAAAUCAUUGCAUUUAGUUGAGGUUUUAUUGUAUGUAGCCGAACAUGGCUAUUAUGCACCUGUACAUGAACUUUUCAAAUUUCCUGCCCAACAUUGUCCGGAUGUUUUGUUUCUUUCACUGUUGCAUAUAAACCCACCAUUGACUGGUCUAAGACAAGAGCUGUUCAAUCAAUUGAUACCCACAUUUUUGGCAAAUCAUCCCAAUUCGGGUGUUAUAUUAGCAAGUGCUUGGAAUUCUAAUCAUUUUAGCAUGACUCUAAGACCCAUUAUAAUGCAUGCCAUGUCUGAAUGGUAUUUACGUGGUACGGAGUAUGAUCAAGUGAAAUUGUCACGUAUCUUGGAUGUGGCUCAAGAUCUUAAGGCUUUGUCUACUUUGUUAAAUGCUCGUUCAUUUGUUUUCGUUAUCGAUUUGGCUUGCCUGGCGUCCAGGCGUGAAUAUCUUAAAUUAGAGAAAUGGUUAAGUGAUAAGAUACGUGAUCAUGGUGAGACAUUUAUACAGGCGAUUCUAAAAUGCCUACAAAGACGUUGUCCUCAAGUAACUAAUGCUAAAAUACCUGAUGAUCAAUUGCCACCCAAGCAGGCUCAACUGCCACCCGAAACUGUUAAUACUAUGUUAUCCUGUUUGCAGGCCUGUAUAGGUAAUGUACCCCAUGAUAUUGCCGAAAUCAUUAUGCAAAUGACAGCCAAUUGUUCGAUAAUGGCUAAUAAAGCUAGAGCUGCUGCAGCGGCUGCUGUACAACAAGGACCUUUAGUACCACCACAGAAUGCUAUGCGUGGUCAUCGUGGCAUGGAUAUGUCGGCAGCUGGUGUAGGUGGUGUACCUGGAGGCGUACCACCGCCUUUUUCUGCCAAUCUUAAUGCCCAGCAAAUGUUUGGUACCACCAUGGAUACUCUAUCGAAUUUGACUACUAAUAUAGCUGGCCUUAACUUGGGUGGUCCCAAUGGUGCUUUCAACUUUGGCAAUGUACUCAAUAAUCUCGUCUCAACACCAGCUUCACCCUCGCGUCUUAUGAAUCCUGCCGCUGCCAGUCCAUAUCCUUUAAAUCCCAUGCAAAUGGCAGCACCACCACCUUCCGUGGGAGGUCUGGGACGUAUGCCGCCCUCUGCUCAACAGCCCACACCCACACCACCAAAUCCCAAUAAUCCCAUAAUUGCCGAUUUUCAAGGACCCGUUUCAAAGGAAAUCGAGGAUGAAGCAAAUUCGUAUUUCCAACGUAUCUACAAUCAUCCUCCUCAUCCAACUCUAUCUAUCGAUGAAGUCUUGGAAAUAUUGCAGCGUUUUAAAGAAUCUAAUAUACGUCGCGAGCAGGAGGUUUAUCAGUGUAUGCUGCGUAAUCUUUUCGAAGAGUAUCGUUUCUUUGCUCACUAUCCCGAAAAAGAAUUACAAAUAACUGCCCAAUUGUUUGGUGGCAUUAUAGAACGUAAUCUUGUACCAACAUUUGUGGCCUUGGGCUUAGCUUUACGCUGUGUUCUAGAUGCUUUGCGUAAACCCGAAGGUUCGAAAUUAUAUUACUUUGGUAUUACGGCCUUGGAUCGUUUCAAAACUCGUUUACACACUUACAACAAGUAUUGUGAAUACAUACGUUCAAUACCACAUUUCAAGGAUUUUCCACCACAUCUUUUGCAAUAUGUAGAAUAUGGUUUUUUGGGUCAAGAACCGCCGGCAGCCAAGCUACAAAUGUUAAUGGGUGCUGGAGGUGUAGGUGGUGGUGGUGGUAAUCAACCGCCACCAGAUUCUAUUUAUCGUAGUAACUCAGUAACAGGCAACAUUGUUACUACACCCACACAACAGAAACCUAUGGUUGUGGCCCAAUCUAUACACCCGGCCCGCAUGAAAUCUAUAGUAACAGCUACUAAUAUCGAUACCCUAUUGGUGGCUAAUCAAGAGGAAAAGAUUACAGUGCCACCAGAAGCCGUGCAAGAUAAGACUGCGUUUAUAUUCAAUAAUCUAAGUCAGUUAAAUAUACCACAAAAGGUAGAGGAAAUCAAAGAUAUUAUGAUCAAAGACUAUUGGCCCUGGUUGUCACAAUAUUUGGUCUUGAAAAGAGCCUCAAUGGAAUUCAAUUUCCAUUCGCUAUACUCGAAUUUCUUGGAUGCACUUAAAAAUCCCGAAAUCAAUAAAUAUGUAACCAAGGAGACCUUGAGAAAUAUUAAAGUUUUAUUACGUUCCGACAAAGGUGUGGUCAAUUUCUCUGAUCGCAGUCUGCUUAAAAAUCUUGGCCACUGGUUGGGCAUAAUGACACUAGGACGUAAUAAACCGAUUUUACAAAUAGAUUUGGAUCUCAAGUCUCUGCUGGCCGAAGCCUAUCAUAAAGGACAACAUGAACUAUUGUUUGUGGUACCAUUUGUGGCGAAAAUUUUGGAAUCCUCUAAUAAAUCGAAGGUAUUCAAAUCACCCAAUCCCUGGACUAUGGCCAUUAUGAAUGUAUUGGGUGAAUUGCAUCAGGAACCGGAUCUAAAAUUGAAUUUAAAAUUCGAAAUUGAGGUUUUGUGUAAAACACUUAACAUCGAUCUGAAUAAAUUGAAACCAAUCAUAUACCUCAAGGAUCCCUCACGUUAUGGCAUGAUAGAACAUCAAAUGUCACAACCAAAACAAAAGGCUAUAGAACCGGGACCCUCGCAGCAGCAACAACAGCAGCAACAGCAAUCACAGCAGCAAGCUACGCCUACACCACAUCAACAACAAAUGAUGACUGAAGCUGAUGCACAAGCCAUGAUGAUGGCCGCCAAUGCAGGCGCUGCUGGUGUUGUAGUGCCUGGUACUUCAAUACCUUCGCCCAGUAUACCCAAUGAACAGGCUGGACAAAUGAUGAUGCCUGCUCCCGAGCCCCGCUAUUCUUACGUAGACAUAAAUGUCACCAAUUUCCAAUUGAUAGCACAACAUGUAGUAUUAUCACCUCAAGUAGCUUUCUUACAUGUUAAUCCGAAUAUCAAACAUUUGGUAUUGAAUGCCAUCGAAAGAACCAUUACCGAAUGGCUACAACCGGUGGUAGAUCGUUGUGUACGCAUUGCAGCCUCCACAACAGAGCAAAUUGUACGCAAAGAUUUUGCUUUAGACCCCGAUGAGCAUCGUAUGCGCACAGCCGCCCAUCAAAUGGUGCGUAAUUUAGCCGCUGGUAUGGCUAUGAUUACUUGUAAAGAUCAAAUCACCCAAACGUUAAACAACAAUCUCAGAAAGGCUUUUAUGACCACUUUACCGGGACCACCUACUUUCCAAGAUAUCGAAGGAGCCUCUAUGCAACUGACCAAUGAUAAUGUUGAAUUAGCCUGCGCCUUUAUACAGAAAACAGCUGCCGAAAAAGCCACUCCUGAAGUUGAUCGCCGUUUAGCAGCCGACUUUGAGACACGUAAAAUGGCCCGUGAGGAAAAUAGUCGUUACUUUGAUGCCCAAACAUUGGCCUAUCAAACGGAACGUUUGCCCGAACAGGUGCGCUUAAAGAUGGGUGGAGUACCACCAAAUCAAUUUGCUGUCUAUGCAGAGUUCGCCCGCAACAUACCUGGUUUUCAGGCCAUGAGUGAUCGUGAUAUAGCUUUAUUCCUGCCCAAGCCCCAGGAAAUGCCACCCACAUUUGCCCAAGAUGAAAUGGGUUUAAUGUACACUGAAUUGGCCAGCAAAAUGGAAACAUUCCUUAAUAGCUGUGUAAACAAUUCAAAUCUACAAUUACAGGCUAGUAAAAUGCAUGCUCUGCUUAAUGCUCUCAUGGUUACCAGACGCAUACGAGACAAUGAUUCAGCCCUCAAUCUUCUCACCCGUUGUGUAGAAGGUUUUGUAGAGGGUCUUAUUAACAUACCCGAACAUGUUGAACAAAUGAAACUAUAUCGUGAUAUACAUUUGCGCAUACUCACACUUUUACAGAAUACAUUCAGUGCACCGGCUACUGAACGAGCCAUUACUAAAUGUAUUUUCGAUAUACGCGAAGAGGCCCGUUACAAUGUGGAGGCCAUAAAAUUAUUAAUAUCAUCACAAUUUCUUAACUUGCAUCAGUUCGAUUUGGCCCUACGUGAUUGUAUGGAAAAUGGCAAUAACUUUUUGGCCGUUACCUUUGCUAUUACUUUAAUGGAACGCUUAUUGGUCGAUGAUCGUUCCACUUCUAUUAUUGCCGAAACUGAAUUUUCAUGUACCACUGAUUUAUUGAGUCGUUUAACACAACAUCGUCAUCGUUAUCCAGAGGCAUUAUCAAACUUUAUUGAUAUGCAUUUCGGCAGUAGUAAUACCAUGGAUGCUGGCACAUUCGGUUCGGUAACUGAUCGUUAUUUGGCCGGUGCUACACAGUACAUACAUUCGGGAAUGCAACAUGUAAGGUCAAACGAUUGUGAUGAUCCACCCGGUCUACAGGAGAAAACUGAGUUCUUACUCAAAGAUUGGGUCUCCAUUUACUCACAGUCCCACAAUCUAUCAAGAGAAACGAAAAAUUUCGGUUCAUUUGUACAAAAAAUGAAUCUCUAUGGUAUAUUGAAAACCGAUGACUUGAUAACACGUUUCUUCCGUCAGGCAACACAAUUUUGCAUUGAUUUGGUGUAUCGCAUUUUCAACGAUCCCUCACAUACACCGGUACAGGCUAAGACAAAAAUCUUUCAUUGGAUUGAUGCUUUUGUGCAUUUAAUAGCUUUACUUGUAAGACAUUCAGGCGAGUCGGGUAAUCCAACUACAAAAAUUAAUCUGCUCAACAAGGUAUUGGGCAUUGUGCUGGGCAUUCUACUGCAAGAUCAAGAAGUACAUGGCGUAGCCUUUCAACAGCUGGGCUAUCAUCGUUUCUUUGUUAUGCUAUUCCUUGAGCUGAGCUCACCCGAUGCCGUUUUGGAAUCGUUGAUGCAUAGCAUUGUUACCGCUUUCUCGCAUACCUAUCAUCUCUUGAAUCCAUCGCUGGCACCCGGCUUUUGCUAUGCAUGGCUAGAGUUGAUCUCACAUCGUAUCUUUAUCGGACGUAUACUUGCCCAAAUCCCUCAACAGAAGGGUUGGCCCCUCUAUGCCCAGUUACUGUUGGACUUGUUCAAGUAUCUGGCACCUUUCCUGCGGAACGCCGAACUAGCGAAGCCAGUACAGAUGCUGUAUAAAGGAACGCUGCGUGUUCUGCUCGUACUCUUGCAUGAUUUUCCCGAAUUUUUGUGCGAUUAUCAUUUUGGCUUCUGUGAUGCUAUACCACCCAACUGCAUACAAAUGCGUAAUAUUAUAUUGGCUGCUUUUCCACGCAAUAUGCGUUUACCUGAUCCUUUUACGCCUCAUCUUAAGGUGGAUAUGUUGGCUGAGACUGCCACGGCACCAAAAAUUUGCUCUAAUUAUGUUAUUAACAUACAACCGGCUAAUUUUAAAAAGGAUUUGGACUCAUAUUUAAAAGCAAGAGCUCCUGUUACUUUUCUCUCCGAGUUACGUAGUCAUUUGCAAAUCUCCAACGAACCAGGAUCACGCUAUAAUAUACCGCUUAUGAAUGCUCUCGUAUUGUAUGUGGGUACACAAGCAAUUGCACAUAUUAGAAAUAAAAACUUUGUACCCAAUACCUCGAAUAUAGCCCAUAGUGCUCAUAUGGAUAUAUUCCAAAAUCUGGCAGUCGAUUUAGAUACCGAAGGACGUUAUCUAUUCCUAAAUGCUAUUGCCAAUCAGUUGCGCUAUCCCAACAGUCAUACACAUUACUUUAGUUGUGCUGUUUUACAUCUAUUCGCCGAGGCCAAUUCAGAAGCCAUACAAGAACAAAUUACCCGAGUGUUACUCGAGCGUGUCAUUGUCAGUCGUCCACAUCCUUGGGGUCUUUUAAUCACCUUUAUUGAAUUGAUUAAGAAUCCUAUUUAUAAGUUUUGGCAUCAUGAUUUUGUACACUGUGCUCCAGAGAUAUCAAAACUCUUUGAAACUGUAGCACGUUCUUGCAUGGUUAAAUCCAAUCAUCCCCAACAGAUGAACAAUAUGGAUGGAGAAAUCCAAGAGAUUAAUUAAAUUUUGAGUUAAAACUCAAACAAUCAAACAAUCUUUACACAUGAAAUGAUUGUUUUGAUUGAAAAAUUUAAAAAAAAAAAACAUAACCCAACAAACAUACAAAACAAAACAACACAUAUGAUAAAGGAAGAAAGUAAUUGUUUCUUUUUUUAAGCUAAAGAUAAAUAAAAAAAAAAAUUAUGCCACAUAUUAAAAAAUGAUUUACGGUUUAAGAGAUUGCAACCCAUUUCUAAUUUUAUAUUUAUGUGUGUUUUUAAUUUUAUUUUUUAGUUAUUAUUUAUAAUAUA